CAUUUUUUUAAGCAAACUCCGGAGCGGGACGAUAAUGGCUUGUAUACCGCUUUACAAUGUUUGUUUGAAUUAUGCAUGAGCACAUAGGCCAUAAAUAGCUGCGAAAUGGGUUGCCUCGCUGUCUCUUCAACGCCUUUAUGAAAGUUUCAUGGUGUUGCAGGUCAAGUUAGCUAGCUAUCACUUGAAUAUAAAUACAACAAAAAACAUUUCGUUAAUGUUGUCAAGCUUGUUAUCUGUUACUAAUGUCACUAUAUUAGACGUGAACUUGAAGAUAUUUGACCUCUCUUUUUAGGAGUAUGCUUCUGGCCUAAAGAUGAGGACGCUAGCUAGUGUACAAGACAACAUCAACACUGCAUUCUGAUGCAGGAGCACACGUGCUUGACAAACAGUGUUUAGAUAAGGCAGUCUGGAGUCUACAGUGGCAAGCGUCCUUUUGCCCUGUGGUGACGUAAGGAGGCACAAUGGCCAUAAAUGGAAGAACGAUGCUGUUGCUCCACCCACCACCGCCUCCACCCAGGCCCGUCUUGUGGUCCCAGCCAACCUUCAGCACCUUCCCACUCGACACAGGCGUAGCAUCUUCUCCUUUGCAUGUGCACGUGUGCUCUUGUGUGCAUGCGAGGCGGCGUUCCAAACACAGGAAGUGAUCUUCAUGAGAAUGCAGGGCUAAAUGUGUGUGCACGUGUAAGGAUGCGUGGUGGGCAGGUGGCCUUGUGAUCGGUGGACUUUGGGGUGUCAGACCGUCUCGCCUCCCCUGCUGCUGCUGCUGCUGCUGCUGCUGCUGCCGCUGCCGCUGCCGCUUCCAGUUGUUCCUUUGAGGGGAAAAAACACACAAACAAAGCAGGCGGGAUGUCCACCUUGCCUGGUGCAGCCGACGGCAGCCAGAGGAACUCUUUGGAGCUGGACGCCACUCAGAAGGUGGACGGCACAGAACCGGGAGGAGGGUUGCCAGCGGGCCAGGUGAAGCUGAAAGACAGGCAGAAGUUCUUUGAGGAGGCCUUCCAGCAGGACAUGGAGCAGUACCUGUCCACGGGUUACCUUCAGAUCGCCGAGAGGCGAGAGCCAAUAGGAAGCAUGUCGUCCAUGGAGGUCAACGUGGACAUGCUGGAGCAGAUGGACCUCAUGGACAUGUCGGACCAUGAGGCCCUGGACGUCUUCCUGCACUCCGGGGGCGAGGACAACAGCGCCGCCUCACCUGUGGCAGGUCCCGAGGUGGACUUCACCACAGAGAUCAGCCUGCAGGUUCCCACGCAGGCUGAGCUGCGUCACAAGCUGUCCUCCCUGUCGUCCACGUGCACCGACUCCGCCAGCCAGGACACCGAGGCGGGCGAGGAGGAGGAUGAGGACGACGAAGAGGAGCGGGCGGCGAGCGGCAAGAAGAGACCCCCGGUGAUGGUGACGCCCGACGACGACGAGGUGCACGCAGACACAUCACUGGUGGACGUUCCGGCGCGGAAAGACGGCGAACGAAGCAGCAGGAAGGUUUGAGACCCGGCAACCCCCCCCGGGGAACUUUUUCUUUCAUUCUUCUUCUCCAAAAACAACAACUGAUGCUGCCUUAACGAGCCAUCCACCAAGAGCACACUAAUGUUCCCAAAGGAAGACAUGCACUCAGGUGAAAAUGUUGUGGUAUUAUUUGGACACCUGCCUAUGUAAAGACAGGUUGGCCUGUGCAGCAACCCAAGCCAUCACACAUUUAACGACCAAACGUUAAAGACUUUCCCUUUUCUUUUUCUACACAAAGCGCGUGCGUGUGUGUGUGUGUGUGUUCCUGUGGUAUCACAUUCCAGCAGCUUUUAAAAGCAUGUCGACUAAUCCCUUCAAUGGUGCCCCACACAGACAGGCAAGUGAAGAGCUUAUUUGGAAGUGUAUAAAUACACAAUAUCCAUACUCCAUAUGCUAGUGUAGUAGUAUGUACUGUAUAUAUUACUCUAAAGAGCGAGGCAGAGACAGCAAUACUGGUGAACAUUAUUAAAAGAACACAUGAAGGCAGACAUGCUGUUAUUGUGGUGCGUUCGUGUUUGUUUUUGGUGAGCCAAACUAUUUCUUUCUCAAGAAAUCCUAACAGUAAUAUAUAUAUAUAUACAUAUACAUAUACAUAUAUAUAUAUA